AGUCCAACAAGACCACGAUCCUGACCAGUGGCGCCAUCAGGGCAUUGGUUCGCCUCCUGGAAACAAAAAAUUUUGAAGUUCAGUGCAACACAUGUGGCUGUAUCACUACUCUUGCCACUUCAGACAACAACAAACUGACCAUCGCCAAGUCUGGCGCCAUUAAACCAUUACUCAGACUGGCCAAGAGCGCUGACAUUCGCGUGCAGAGAAAUGCAGCAGGAGCCAUACUCAAUCUUACACAUUUACAAUCUAUUAGAAAUGAACUGGUAUCCAAAGGGGCAAUGCCUAUCCUAGUUGAUGUUCUGCAAUCUCGCGACCCAGAUAUUCAAUACUACUGCGCUGCGGCUCUCAGUAAUAUGGCGGUCAAUGAGAAACAUCGAGCCAUGAUGGUUGCCGUGGGUUACUAUGAUGUCAUGGUACAGCUGAUUAGUCUGGUUUCCUCUCCUGUGGUUAGGGUACAGUGCCAAGCAUGUCUAGCACUGAGAAAUCUCGCCUCGGACGCAGACAAUCAACUGCUCAUAGUUCGUCUUGGAGGACUAGGCGUCCUGCAUAAGAUGAUCAAAAGUGGGACGGGAGACAUCCUCACCGCUGCCAUUGCCUGUCUGCGAAAUUUGUCCAUACACAAGGCCAAUGAGAUUCCUAUUAUAUCGCAAGAUUUUUUGCCAGAUCUCAGUAGGGUUGUGGCACAGAUGGAUAAUUCCGAAGCACAACGCCACGCCGCCGGGACAAUCAGAAAUCUUGCAGCAGGGGACCAUAUUAGGGUAUUAGCAUCGUGUGGCUGUGUAGACGCCCUGGCAGAAGUGUUACUCACCCCUAUCACUCCAGUCCCUGUACAGAGUGAGGUGUCUGCAGCAUUAGCUGUGCUGGCUGACGAAGAUGAUACAAAACAGCGACUUCUUGAGAUUCAGGAUGGUAAAGUCUUCAGCAAGCUGGUCUCCCUGGCUUCUCUGUCAAGAAACUCUGAAGUGCAGUACAAUUGUGCAGGAACUAUAGGGCAGAUUGCCUUAGUUGACAUUGAAGAGGAUCUGUUAGACAAAAAUACUCCAGGUUUACUUCUCUACAUUGACAAAUUCCUUGGGAAUCCUGAGCCCAGUUUUGUUCACAUUGCCCUGUGGACUUUACAACAGCUGCUUAACAACCCAAGCUUUAAAGAAAGUUUCAUGACCGAGACACGUUUGCAUAAACUUCUGGAGGACAUUCUGUCCUCCAAUACCUCACAGGCUAUCAAGGAGCUGGCUGGAAAUGUGAUACAGAAAAUGCACUAAAGAUGUAACACAGCAUUCUAUUGGCUGAAAUUAUUUCACCAGAUUGUUACACGGCCUCUCAUUGGUGGUUAAAUUAAGGCUUACAUGUACCGUAAAUUUUCAUUGGUGACAUGUAACAUUGUAUCCUACUGGUGGUUGCUGUAAAGCCCCUUUGUAACAUGGCUUCUCAUUGGUGAA